AGGAAGGUGCGAGCGCUGGACGAGCGUUGAGCUCCUGUAAAUGCGCCGCAGCAGUUGUGAGACCAACAGUCACCUGCCGUCCGUCAUGGAGUUGUAGCGAGGUAUUUUAAGGCUCAUGACGGAGUGGAAAGGGAGCCACAGUUGCUUUUCUAAGCCAAAUGAAUAUUUACCUCUCUGCCUUAGCAAACAAUUUUAGAACGUCUUGAUAAUCGACGUACUUCGCUAUUUAUGCUUAUUUGUAUGUAUUUAUAACUCGCGUGUUUCGUAUCUCGAUUGCACUGAAUUGUACGCCUCGAUGCUUUUACAUCAGUUCGUGAAUGGGACGUUGGAAACGAUGUAUCCCAGCAUUCAGAAAGACACGACUUUCACGAAGAUAUUCGUCGGCGGUUUGCCGUAUCACACCACGGACGCGUCGCUUCGAAAAUACUUCGAGACUUUCGGCGACAUCGAUGAAGCCGUGGUGAUAACGGACCGACAGACGGGGAAAUCUAGAGGAUAUGGCUUUGUUACAAUGCAAGAUAAAAGUGCAGCUGAGAGUGUUUGUAAAGAUCCAAACCCUAUUAUUGAUGGACGGAAAGCUAACGUCAACCUGGCAUACCUCGGGGCCAAACCACGCAGCCCACUGACAGGAUACUCUAGUGGAGUACAGCAGGUUCACCCAGCUCUGAUCCAGAGGCAGUACGGGCUCAGCCAGCCAUAUGUUUACCCUCAGGCCUUCGUGCAGCCCAGUCUGGUUCUUCCGGCUCAGGUCACCUCCACCGCAACGAUCCCUUACCUUAACUUCAGUUCUGCCUACACCCAGUAUGCCUCCUCGGCUUUCGAGCAGUACCCCUAUGCCCCCUCAUCAGGCUUCCUGAGCUAUAUGUACCCUCCAGGCACCCCUGGCCCUUCCUCCACCAAUUCAACCCCCGUUCCCACCCCCCUCUCAGUCGGUGGUGCUCCCACUGCAACCUUCAUCCAACUCCCUCCUCAUCAGCUUCACACUGACCGCCUGUAGAACAGGGGCUGAAUGAGUAUGCUGAAAUUGCACUAGAACAUCAUCAUUAUGGGACAGGGAAUUGUGAGAUCAUCUGCCUGUGACCGGUGGGCUACAGAGUAUACACUGGGGUCUCAUUUAAAGGGCUUCAAGUUUUUCUUCUCUUUGUGAUCCCUCAAUUUAAAGACUUUUUCUCUGACAGGUUACUGUUGUUAUUAUAUAUAUAUAUAUAUAUUAAUUUUUUUUUUCGGUAUUGGUAGAAGAUUGUUAAAUAACCAAUAUUAGAUGAUUGAUGAGAGUAAAUUGUGAAUUGCAAGGAUUGUACAGCAGUUGGAUCAAGAGAAUUAUAAAAUUUCACAAGGUACAAUGAUGUGAAAUCAACUGCUUCAUUCAGUGGCCCCAAAACAUAUUUAGACUUAAGCAGCACUUAAAAAUGUAUGUAUGUCACUGCAAUAUACAGGGCUGUUUCUGAGCAUAUGGGGGCCCUAAGCAAAAUCCUACUUGGAGGAACCCACCAUCCCCAAACCCACCAACUUCAUACAUCCACUAAAAUCACCUUGACACAAGUUGAAUAAAAGUCUUUGUAAAAAUGACUCUUGAGUCAUUAACUUCUGAGAAUAUAUUUAAUGCAUUUUUAAGUGUUGCUCAUGUGCCCAAAUACUUUGUGGGUACACAGUAUAGUAGAAUGCCAGAUUCAUUGGAUGCAUUUUCUUUUGAGUGUGCUGAAUGGUGUUAUUUCACAAACAAACACUGCAAUGUGUACGAGAAAGGCGGCGAGUUUAUAAAACUGAAACCUCUGCAGGAAUAUCUGUUAAGCACAAUGUCUUGGAGUCUAUUUCCUAUUUUUUUUCUUUAUAGCUGUUUUUAUGAAACCAAUAUGCUUCCCUCCAGUUGACCAAAUUCAUGUGAAUAUUUUAACCAGACCUUUUCCCAAUAUAUUUUCUAGAAAUGUAGCAUUUCAAGAGGAUAUGUAAUUAAGUGCUUCUCUCUGUGUACUGCCUAUAUUUCUGUAGUUUCACUGUCCGUAAGAUUCCUUGCAAUCUUAAGUAGCUGUAGUUCCACAUAGAUUAUAAUGAUGUUAAUCCAGUAUCCAGCAAUACGCUGAUUUGAGUCACCGUAGUAUGCUUGUGAUUAUAAAUACGAGGAAAUGGACAUUUGAAAAAUUGAGUAUUAAUAAUUUUCUGAUUCAUUCUCAGCCUUGAUGCUUUUAGAUCAUGUUUAGGCCUAUACUUUAUAUACUAAAAGGACAAAAGAAAGAGUAUUGUGUUGUUUAAAUGAAAAAUGUCAGUGUAAACUCUGUAGGUGGUUGCUUUGGUAUUGCUCCACAAAUGACACUACAGGACAAAAUGUCAGCAGGAACAUACAGGAAGACAUGAGUCCGUCUUGAUUGAGUUCGGACAGCAACCAAGAGGACAUAUCAACGGACAAUCUGUUUGUUUUGACAAGAAAAGUGUUGUUUUUAAUCUGCCCUGAGAACAUUUCAAUAACUCUGAAUAUGAAAAUAUCUUCAAUGAAAGCCAUAAGACCAGAACAUGCAUAAGAUGUAAUAAAUACAUUUUAAA